ACUUGGCAAAAUCAGGUCGAGCAAUGCAUAAUAUUCUGAUCGUUUCGAUUAAUUUUCUAAUUGAAUUUUUAACGGAAAGACCUGUGAGAGGACUGAUGACUUUGCUUCAGUCUUAGAUUUAAUGUAUGAUCAGGAUGUUGGAUUUCCAGUCAGUCUAGAAAUCUGAUUGUACAUGCGUAUAUGCAAGUGAAAGUAAAAGCUUGUGUGCAAACAGAGCAGGGUGUGGAUCAUUCAAACACACAAAUGCUGGUACAAUAAUGCAGUCAGACUAAAAUUCAGUAGCAGUUGAGGUGAACGGCUGGUGAAGGAACAAUGUGUCUAACAAAGUGUCUUGAUUUUUUCAACCGUUGUUGUUCAGUGAAAAGAGCCGGCCAAAAAACACCGCUUCGCAUUGUUAUGAUUGGAAAAACUGGCGUUGGAAAAAGUGCGGUUGGAAACACCAUUCUUGGUAGAAACGCUUUUACAUCAGAAGCUUCUGCAAACUCUGUUACUAAUAAAAGCAAAAAAAAAAAGGAAAAAGACCAAAGAGACAUUUAUGUGAUAGACACGCCUGGAGUUCUGGACACCAAUACCAGUUCAAGAGAACACAUCAAAAGAGAAAUCGUGAGAUGCAUUCAGGUGUCAGCUCCAGGUCCUCACGCGUUUCUGCUGGUGAUACAAGUCGGCCGUUUCACAACUGAGGAGAAAAAUUCUGUGCGAGCCCUACAAGAGAUCUUUGGAGAAGAAGCUUCUAAAUACAUGAUAGUGGUCUUCACUCAUGGAGAUGCGCUCAGAGGUCAGUCAAUAAAAGACUAUGUGAGAAGUGGUCACGACGACCUCCGUAGAGUCAUCCAGAGCUGUGGGAGUAGAUAUGUUGUUUUUGACAACACUGACGUGAGAAAUCGAUCUCAGGUGAAAAUAUUACUAGAGAAAAUAGAUGAGAUGGUGGCAGCCAAUGGAGGAGGAUGCUUUACUCAGGAAAUGUACGAAGAAGCUGAAGAACUCAUUCAACAACAGAAUCUUGUGAGAGAGAUGGCCGAGCUUCUGGAGUAUGAAUUUAGCUUUCUUGAUUUUCUGGAUGAUAGAAUCCCUAUGUUCCAACAAAUAUUGCUUGGGAAUAAUCAGCAAAAUUUUGGGUUUGACGAUCGAGGUUUAUAAAUAUCAUAAACGACAGUGUUGUGACAUGUUUGGCAUCUAGCCCCAUAUUUUCUUAUUUUCACAUUGCGGUGUUUGUUCUGGAAAAUGUGUUAAGACAUUGCUAUAGUAAUAAAAAAAAUAUUUUUCACUUAUUGUUCUCUACACUAUAAAAACAACUAGUAAGGUUUACUUCAUUUUCUUUUUGAGUUAUUUGUGCAAGUUUCUUAAAAUUUACUUAAAAAGACUGUGUGCAGAACUUAUAUGCACGUCCUAUAGUUGUUUUUACCAGUGGAGUUAUGUGGUUUGGUCCCUUCAUUCUUUUCAAUUGAUUAUUUUACACUUCCUGGUACUAAGAUUUUUUCGCUCUUUUAAUUCCUUUCAUCAACAUGCUUUGUCUUAACACAUUCUCACUCAAGUUUGGUAGUUUCAUUUUAACAUGAUUAAUGUUAUCAAACAUACAGUAUUACAAAAAGCCUUUUGAGGUUGUAAAAUAAAGGUCCUUUUGUUUGUAAAGGCACAGUUUCACUUUUUUAAAGACUUUACCUUGACUGUGGAUCAUGGGAUAUAUCUACACUACAAGUUUUGCGUGGUUGCAUUUAAUGACAUUUGAUUUACGCAAAAAUAUUGAAAUAUGUUUCAUUAAUCCAGUCAAUGCAGGCUCUGGACUCUGAACAUAUGUAUUCUUUUGAGAUAAUGGUUUUAUCUGUUAAAAAGCUGUGUUCUGUAAAUGCUCUGUGAUAAAAAAUAAAAUGAUGUUUUACUGUGUAAAGAAGUGCACUGGAGAUAUUGUUGCAAAAUAAAAUCUUGUCAUGCAAAGCACAU